CUAACUCUGACCUCGAAAAUAUUUUCUUCUAUUUGAGCUUACGGCGAUGGCGCUAAGCAAGGCGAAGGACAUUGUGGCGCACAAUCCUCUCGUUGUCUUCAGCAAGACGUAUUGCCCCUUCUGUGUCAAAGUAAAGGAGCUCUUUUCCAGCAUUGGAGCGCAACCUAAAGUCGUGGAGCUCGACUCAGAGGCCGAUGGAGCCGAUCUACAGGCAGCACUGGCCGAAUGGACUGGACAAAGAAGCGUUCCCAGCGUUUUCGUGGGUGGAAAACACGUCGGUGGCUGCGAUGAUACUACUAAAAAGCACAACAGCGGCCAGCUAGUUCCAAUGCUCAAGGACGCCGGACUGCUGAAGUAAAACUCCGAUUCUAGAGGCCAGUUCUUCGAUCUCAUCUCUUUUUCUCAUUUUUGUGCUUUCCUUCAUCCAUCUCAUAAGUUAGCUAUAGAACUUUAGGAGUACCUUCAUACUGUUCUUGCACGAGCUGUGCGUUGCAAGUCGAAUCUCCGCUCCUUGUUUAUCUGAAA